GAGUGAGGAAAAAUUUUCUGCCACAAAGAAAAAAAACACUGAAAUACUUGGUAGGCAAGUCAGAAUUAUCGAACGCAAAAGUCCAAUCCAGCCGACAAUGGAUCCAUCCUCCUAUCUCUACCACCACCACAAGCACCACCACGCCAACCACCCGAGGUACGUUCCUUUAUCUCCUCCUAUUCACCCUCUUCAGCAUCCCACUCAACCCCCACCUCCCUAUCAACAAAGCCCUAGCAAUCCCUACCCCUCCCGCCACCAGCUUUCGCCGCAACUCCGGCCUCCUCCUCCUCCUCCACCGCAACAAAAUCAACAGCAACCCUACCAACCUCUCCUUGCCCCACAACCUCUUCUGCAGCGACAACAGUAUUCUGAUCAUCCGCCUUACAAUCCUCAUCAUCCCCAAUACAGUUCCAACACCAAUUUCAAUUCUAACCCUAAACCUACCCAUGUUUCACGCCAAUUCCACGAUGUUCCUCAACGGCGUGCGCCGGAUUUCGAUACCCGCCCUGAUUACUGGUCUGAAAAUCGGGUUUCAAGGACCCAUCCCGUUUCCAGUCUGGAUCGGGAGGCCCAUUAUCAUCAGUUUGACCGGAGACCCGCUUCUCCGGGGAUUGUUAGGUUCAUGCUUGAUUUAGAGGGGACGUCUAGGUUUAGAGAUUUCGAUCCGAAUCAGAGAGAAAGAGAACACCCUGGUAGGGUUCAUAAUGAUCGGUGGAUAUCUGAUAGAUCUUCUAGGGAAUUUGGGGUUGUUUCGGUUGGAUUUGAUUCCAAUUCGAAUAACUUAAGAUUUGAUCAUGAAGUUGUUGAAAAUAUGAGACGGGUUUCUCGUUUACGUGAACAGUUGAUUGAGAGUGGAAAUAAUGAGAUAAAUGAAAGAGAUGAGAUGAGGGUUUUUCCGAGAAAAACUGAUUAUUAUGAUUCAGAAGCAGAGAGGUAUAGUGAUAAGGGAAGUGGUAGAGAGGGUAACCAUGAAUUAAAUCGUACUCCACGGAAGCAAAUUCAGAAAAAGAGUGCUUUACUUAGGAUUCAGAAGGCUAAACCAAGUCAUAGGAUUAGGGAAGAUGAGAGAUCACAUUACUCUGGUUAUCAUAACGAGGGAAAAAUCGGUACUUUAAGAGGAAAAGAUUCGGUCAUACAUUCGGAUCAUGAGAUGGAUGAAGAAAAGAGAGAAGGUACCCCUGUAGAGCUUGAUGUAUCUUUCAAAUCAAAUUCCUUGGUGGCUAAGGCAAUUGUGACUUCUAGUCCUGCACCGAAAUCUGAUUCAAAUUUGAUGCCUAGGAACACCAAAAUUAGGAAAGUUAUGACAUUUGAUAAGGGUGGUUCGAGUUCCCAACUCAAUAAGGGUAGCGAUAGUGGUGAGAAAUCAGGGGGUUCCAGUUCUGCUGUCAAGGGUGUUUCUGGGUGUAUGGACACUAAGCAGCCUGAGGGAAAAAUUAUAUCUUCCGAUACUAGUAAAGCUCAGGAUGGCAUUAGAAAGCCUUUCUUAAAAGGAACCAAAGUUCCCCUUAGAAAGGGUAAGGUCAAAUUGUCUUCUAAGGUUGACGUGACUGAAGAUGCUCCCAAUUCUGACAAGAAACAAGGACCAUUAGAGAGGAAAGGUACAAUUCCUUGUAUUGGUAAUAUGCAGGAUGGCAGUGUUCAAUCUCGUUCUAGUGGGGUCAAUAUUGCAGUUGAACAGAAUAAAGUUAAAGGAACUGUUAAGAGAACUGUUUCAGAUAAAACCGGUGCUAGUGUUGGUAAAUCAUCCUCCCUCAAGGCUAACAAGAAGAAAAUAAUUGUGAGGAAAGUGGUGAAAAAGGUUGUCAAUUCUCCCUUGAAUUUGGGAAAUUCAGAAGCAGCAAAGAAGCGUGAUCAAUUUGUUAAGACAGAUAUCUCUACUCGAUAUCUAUCUGCUAACUCUGUGGCUGAGAAAAGUGUUACACCUCUUACAAUGAAAGAUGUUUCUGCUUCUGGAGAGCCAGUACAUGGUGUUGAUUCAGGGUGUUCUCCUGAAGAAUCAGCUCUGAUUCUUGAGAAUGAGAAAGUGAAUGGAGCAUCAAAAGGCACUGUCUCAAAGGGUUUUUGCACUGAUGCUGAUCCUGGUAGUUCUGUUUCUCCUAAGAAUAAGAGAAAGAGAAACAGCUCCACUCAUGGUUUCUGUUCUUCAAUUAAUGAAGAGACUAUUGUUGCUCAGGGUUCUAAUAAUGCUGGUAAUUCUUUCCUUGGCCUGCAUAUCAUUUCAAAUAUCAAGGAGGUUCAUACUGAAAAACCAAAUGAGACUAUUAAAUCUGGCACUAUUGGUGUUGAAGAUCUUAAGAAUCAGUUUUGCCAUAAUGAAAGUAAGAUUAACUGUGGUUUGUCAAGAUCAGAGGACACCAAAGGUCAUGAGGGUACAGGUUUCGACUGUGGUUCAUCUAGCACCGAGGAUAAAAUAUUACUUGUGAUAUUGGCAAUGCCAGUUCUGGUAGCAAGCAGGUUUUCACAUCUCUGUCCAGCCCAUCAGUCGAGAAUGGUGCUAAUGGGGAAUUGCCAAAGGCUAAUUGUUUUUGGUUCCAUCUAUGGAGACUGCUCCAAUCAUGAGAGGAGUACAAAUGACGCUCCUGAUAUUGGUUGUGUUAAUUCAGAGGGGAUUUACCAUGAGAUGGGCCAUGAUUCUGUCCAAUCACUUGAGUUUUCUGGCUCAGGAAUCCCAAAUGCUGUGGAAUCAGUGGAAUGCAGUGGUAAAGGUGAAGCUAACAUCCAGAAGCGAAAAGCUGGGAUUGGUGAACUAGAUUUGUCAAGCUCAGAACUUACGAACAUAUCUACAGGAUCUCCAGAUGUUCUUACCUCUGCAAACUGUGUCGACAGUACAAUAUGUACAUCUGAGAUAGAUUUCAAUCCCGCUGAACCUAUGGUUAGUGUUAUUGGGUGGCCUGUUGUUGGUUUAAAGCAUUCUAGGGAUAAAGAUAGUAUUUUGCUGCGGAGCAGUUCAAAUAAUACCUUUCCAGAGAUCGGUGGUAGUGUAGAUGGAUAUGCUCCUGAGAAAAAGAGAAAAAUCUUUACCACAGGAGAUCUCCCAAGGAUCGAUACUUGUUCAGCUUUUGUUGAGUCAACUGCUCCUAGCUCCCCAUACCUUCAUACUUUGAAUAUGGGAGGUGAGCAGUUUUCGAUUGGAACACCAGUUUGUGCUUUAAGUAACCAUCAAAUUGAUGCUAUGGAUAUUGAAGGCAGUGACAGAGGUGAAGUGCUUGUUGAUACUGCAGAAGAGCAAAAUAUCAUUUCUAGCGAGGUAAGUCAAUGCAGAAUUAUUCCAGAACAUAACACUCUCAGCUUGGAUAAAGUGGUGCCUAGCAUGGAUGUGGAUGAUGAUAAUCAUCUUCCUCUGAAGGAUGAUUUACCUUCUACCUUAAACUCUCUGAUUUCUGGAGUUGAUGUUAAUGAAGUUUCUGCAACCAACUCCAAUGAUGAAGCAAUGGCAGCACCUGAUAUACUGUGUGAUGCGGGUUCUCUUGGCAACCUAGUUCUAGACACAUCUACUUGCAAAGAGCAUCUCUUCCAAAAAUCAGAAGAGAAGACUUGUGACAUUGUAACACUUUCAGAUGAUAAGCCUGUGAUUGAAGGCGCAUGCAACUCAUCUACCCAUUUGUCAGAUUCACAGCUUAGCAAAGCUAUUGUGAAGUCAAAUGAUGUGAUUCUAACCAAUCAAUCAAGUGCUGGGAAGGCAGGAAACACAGGGGAGGAAACCCAGCUUAGUCAUGUUGGUCCCAAGAGUUAUCCUAUUCGUUCAUCAUUUGUCUCUUCUGCUUCCAAGAAUGCAAAAUCGUCGACCAGUCUCACAAAGCCCCGGACAUGGCGCCGAUCUGAUAAUUCUUCUGCCUAUCCUCUAUUGGGGGACAAACCUUCCUUAAGUGCCAAUGCUAUGCAAAGCCAGAUGCCAACUUACAUUCGUAAAGGUAAUAGUCUUGUUAGAAAACCUAUUUCAGCCCCUGCUCCUCCACAGGGUCCUAAUUCUUUGAGUUCUUUGGUUUACCGGCUUAAGCCUGGGAUAGUGGAUGAAGUGAAGAAGGGUACGGGACCUAACAAUAGAGCUGAUGCUGCUGACUUGAGAACAACAGGUGCAAAUACCACUUUUGAGAGGCACAAAACACUCCCCUUAUCCAGUGUCACCAAAGUACCAAAGCAUGCUUCUAACUUAUCUGGGGACUGUACAUCUUCCCCAUUAGCAGAGCCUUCUACUAGUGAUUGCUAUGAAACUACAAGUCAUCCAAGUUCUAUGGAAAUUAAUGAUAUGCUCAAAUCCCUUGAGGAUGGACUGAAAACUUCUGAAACUCUAAACAGAAAUGGUUCAGUUAACAAUUUGGAAGACUGCUCCGAGCAAAAUGAAAGUGGCUUGGUUCCUUCAAAUGAAAAGAGGGUGACAUAUGUAAAGCCAAAAUCAAAUCAAUUGGUUGCAACUUCAGAUUGUGACCAUACCUCUAUUCUUGAUGUUGAUAAGAACCAAUCCUUUUCUGCUUCCUCCGAUGGUUAUUACAAGAAAAGAAAAAACCAGCUAAUUAGGACUGCCCUUGAGAGUCAUACAAAGCAGGCAGUUACUACGUCCGAUGACAUUUCCAACUCAGUGAGACAAAUAGCUGCUAAGGUUAUUUCCAGUAGAACUUUUGGUAAGAGACGAUCCAAUAAAGUUGUAUCAAAGACCCAAAAACCUUCCAAAUUGUCUCUGGUCUGGACUCUGAAUGGUGCAAGGGUAACAAAUAAUGAUGGGAAUUCACUAUGUUACCCGAAGUUCCGCCCGCAACUGUUUCCCUGGAAAAGAAUGGCACACAAAAGAAGCUUUAAGUUAAGCUCAGUUUCUUCAUACAAUAGCUCUUUAUCUACGAUCGGACGGAAAAUGCUGCUAUUGAGAAAGAGAAAUACUGUUUAUACCAGGUCAACUAAUGGAUUUUCUAUUCGCAAAUCGAAGGUGUUAAGUGUUGGUGGUUCUAGUUUGAAAUGGUCAAAAUCUAUUGAAAAGAAUUCAAGGAAAGCUAAUGAGGAAGCUACGUUAGCAGUUGCUGCAGCAGACAGAAAGAAAAGAGAACAAAAUGGCAAAGUUUCCGGGAAAGGAAAAAAAGGUCCCUCUUGCCAUAAGGUUCUUAAUGGUACAGAAGUUAGGCGAGGAGAACGAAUAUUCCGCAUUGGCUCAGUGCGCUACAAAAUGGAUUCUUCGAGGCGUUCCCUUCAGAGGAUAUCAGAUGAUGCAUCAUUGUGCUGUGGUAGUCGGCAUUCGGAAAACAGUGCCAAAAAAUCUUAUGUCCCGAGGAGAUUAGUGAUUGGGAAUGAUGAGUAUGUUCGAAUUGGUAAUGGCAACCAGCUUGUUAGAGAUCCAAAAAAGCGCACACGUGUUUUGGCAAGUGAGAAAGUUCGGUGGAGUUUGCACACUGCCAGGUUACGAUUGGUUAAAAAGCGGAAGUACUGUCAAUUUUUCACAAGAUUUGGAAAAUGCAACAAAGAUGAUGGAAAGUGUCCCUAUAUUCACGAUCCCUCCAAAAUUUCUGUAUGCACAAAAUUUCUCAAUGGUCUAUGUUCUAACCCAAGCUGCAAAUUGACUCAUAAGGUUAUUCCAGAACGAAUGCCGGAUUGUUCAUAUUUUCUGCAAGGUUUAUGCACUAAUGAAAAUUGUCCUUAUAGACAUGUUCAUGUGAAUCCAAAUGCAUCUACCUGCGAAGGAUUUCUUAGGGGCUAUUGUGCUGAUGGUAACGAGUGUCGGAAGAAGCACAGCUAUGUAUGCCCAAAUUUUGAAGCAACGGGGUCCUGCCCUCUGGGAUCUAAAUGCAAGCUUCACCACCCCAAAAACCGAAGCAAGGCAAAGAAAAACAAAAGGUCAAUGGAAAAUAAGUUUGCUCGUGGACGUUACUUUGGUGUUGACAUUUCCGAACAGAAAAGAAUGGUUUCGGAAAGACCGCAACAGGUACGAGAGGAUGUCAACGUUUGCUUUGAUGAGAAAUUCUCAGAUUACAUUGACCUUGAUGUUAGCGAGGGAGAAGCCGGGGAACUUCAUCAAGUGAUUUGUGAUCAAACAACCUUUGGUGACGGUGAUUCGUCAGAUUCACAAUCGGAAGAUCUCGACGAGUUGAUCAAACCCAUUCGUAUAAUGAAGGAUCAUAAGAUGACGGAAUCAGUUGUGGCUAGUGAAUCCACAAAGAGUUGAAUAUAAUGGAGGAACUGGAUAUGUUGUAUAUAUAUAUAGAGAGAAAUUUCUGUGUAUUUUUAGCAUUUUCUGCCCCUUAAGAAAUUAGGUAGCGCACCCAUCUAUAGACUUUCUUCCUAUUUUGUUUUAAGAUUUCCAUUUUUACAACUUAUACAUUGUUUCGUGUACCUUGUAACAGAACAGGAAUUUUAGAAAUAAAAUGGCG